GUUCGUCUGCUAUCAUAACUUCAAUUUUGUCGUCAGAACCCAUAACAUGCUUUCACUUGUGCCUAACAAAAUUGCGUCGUUAGUUUCGUACAAAUUGCACACUCGAUGCAUAUCUUUUACCUCUUUUAAUAAUUAUAAUACGCACAUUCCGUUUUCGAAGGCUAAAGAGGGGAAUUUCAUACAAGAUGCUCCACAUUUGGAGAACUCUUUCGAGGGUGACACACUCCUACAAAGGAAUCUACAACGUAUUUUGCCAGCUGAAGCUUACAGCAAUGUCAAGGAUGAGCUCUCAACGUUUGGAGCUCGAGUAGCUACAGACAUCUACAAGCUGGGCAGAGAGUGUGAACUAAGCCCACCUUAUUUGAAGCUUCAAGAUGCUUGGGCCAAUCCUCAAAACAAAGUUGUGACUUGUGAAUCGUGGAAAGAACUGAAGAGGAUAUCUGCUAGAGAGGGACUGAUUGCUCUAGCUUAUGAGAGGGACCCAAAACACCAAGGAUUUAGUCGCCUCAUCCAGAUGUCCAAAAACUACCUAUUUGCCCCUUCAUCUGGAUUGUAUAGCUGUCCAUUAGCUAUGACAGAUGGAGCUGCAAAAACAUUGGAGGUUAGUGGGUUAAAAGAUCAUGGUGAAUCCUUUAAAAAUUUGACAUCGCGAGACCCAGAGAAGUUUUGGACAUCUGGUCAAUGGAUGACAGAGAAAAGAGGUGGAUCUGACGUUGCGGGAGGCACUGAAACUCUUGCCAUUCAGGAUCCAAACAAGGAAAAUAUGUACAAGCUUUAUGGCUACAAGUUCUUUAGUUCUGCAACGGAUGCCGAUAUCGCCCUGACUUUAGCUCGAGUGGUAGAUCCUGCUACUGGCAAAAUUACUUCGGGUACCAAAGGAUUGUCGUUGUUUCUUGUCUACGUGGACCAGCCAAGCAAUUUGCAUCUUAUGCGCUUGAAACAGAAAUUGGGAACGAAACAAUUACCCACCGGUGAGCUUUUGCUGGAUGGUAUGACUGCGGAGUUGAUAAGUCCACCAGGUCGAGGCGUUGCGUCCAUUUCUCAAAUGCUCAACAUCACUCGACUGCACAACGCUUCUGCUUCCGUUUCCGCAAUGCGCAGGAUUAUCAGUUUAGCUCGAGAUUACAGCAAUAGGCGAGUGGCCUUUGGGAAACUUAUUCGCAAUCACCCACUGCACGUUCGCACCCUUGCCGACAUGGAACUGGAAUGCCGAGCUGGAUUUUCCUUGUUCAUGGAAGCCGGUCGUUUACUCAGUUUGGAAGAAAAUGGAACGCCCACCAUCGAACAGCAACAAUUACUCCGCCUGCUCCUCCCAUUGUUGAAACUGUACACGGGAAAGCAGUGCAUGAAAGUCGUGUCGGAAGGGCUAGAAUCCUUUGGAGGACAAGGAUACAUGGAAGAUACAGGUAUCCCCGUGAUUUUACGUGAUGCCCAGGUAACACCAAUCUGGGAAGGAACUACAAACAUUUUGAGUUUGGACGUACUCAGAGCAUUGGCCAAAAGUGAAGGCCAAGUGUUGGUUGCAUUUCACCAGAGGAUUCAAGGUGUUCUCGACUCGACAACCAACCCGUCCCUAGCCGAGUGUUGCACUCAAUUGGAGAAAUACCGUUCCCAAUUGAUUUCGUUCGCCCAGAAGAAUCCCGAUCAGUUGGAAUACGUCGCCCGCGAUUUCGCUUUCGGCCUGGCUCGCACUCUAGCCGGUGCCUUGCUCCUGGAACACGCUUCAUGGGGUAGAGCAGUAGACAGCGAUCGUGCUGCAGCCGAACGUUGGCUAGGACAACGAGAUCUCCUUGCCCAAUCUCUGGUUUCAGGACAGACUGCAAGCCAUUCAUCGCUAUCCGUCCAGCAACUCGACGAAGCUUUGGUCUUUGAUGGAUACGAUCAAAAGAACCUACUCUCGCCCCUCUUUUGAACUUUUCCCCAUUUCAGUCUUUCCCUUCUCAUUAAAACGAAACUCAGGAUAGAAUAUGGUCUGAAACUUAUAAUGCAAUGGUUUGAUAAAAUUUUUUAAUAAUUUCUAUUUUAGUAUUGGAUUGGAUUAUACAUUUUUCAUUACCUA